AUGUCUGGACGUGGGAAAGGUGGAAAGGGUCUCGGUAAAGGCGGAGCGAAACGCCAUCGCAAAGUGCUUCGUGACAACAUCCAAGGCAUCACCAAGCCCGCCAUUCGUCGCCUAGCUCGUCGUGGCGGCGUGAAGCGCAUCUCCGGCCUCAUUUACGAGGAGACUCGCGGGGUGCUGAAGGUGUUUCUGGAGAACGUGAUCCGGGACGCUGUCACCUACACCGAGCACGCCAAGCGUAAGACCGUCACCGCCAUGGAUGUGGUCUAUGCCCUCAAGCGCCAAGGGCGCACUCUCUACGGGUUUGGCGGCUGA